AGAUACUACCCAAACCAAACCACACUGCUAUGGGAACUGUUUGAGCUUGCUGGUAGGACGAAAACAAAGCCCAGCAACAUAUGUUCUGUGGUAUCGUAGGCUACACUUUAUUUGAUGUUCUCUUGUAAAGAUACUGCAUGGUGGGAAAGUGAAUGUUUCUUCGAAGUUGAAGCUAUCAAGCUAUUUCGUUUCAGUUUUAAUUUAAGAAUGAUGAAUUAUUCCGUCAAUGACAAUGGCUCGAACAUUUCAGAACUACUCCAACCGCUCUGUGUCACCUACAACCACAGCACUUUCCCACCUCUGCGACUGGAAUCCAAAUCCCUGGUCACUUCAGCCACUAUGUUCGCCGUUGGAGUCCUGGGGAACCUCAUUGCCAUUGUUGUGUUGUGCAUCUCAAAGAAAGAACAGAAGGAGACCACUUUCUAUACGCUGGUUGUUGGAAUGGCUAUCACGGACCUGUUGGGCACCUGUUUCACCAGCCCGGUGGUUAUCGCCACCUACAUAGUCCAGAGGUGGCUCGGCGGGGAACUACUGUGCGAUUUAUUCUCCUUCUCUAUGCUCUUUUUCGGAUCUGCUGGAAUGUCCAUCCUGUGCGCCAUGGCAGUUGAACGAUACUUGGCCAUAAACUACGCAUACUUUUACUCUCAAUAUAUUGACCGGACAAUGGCGCGUUUCGCGCUCAUGGGUAUCUACCUGGCCAACAUUGUGUUGUGCAUCAUGCCCAGCUUUGGGUUCGGGAAGCACAUGCGCCACUUUCCGGGCACUUGGUGUUUCUUGGACUGGAGGGCGACGGACCCCCUCGCCGCCUCGUAUUCGUUUCUUUACGGUGGGUUCAUGUUGCUGUUGAUUGCGGUGACAGUUCUGUGCAAUUUCGCAGUGUGUCUGUCACUUGUGAGGAUGAGCCAGAAGACGCGGAUAGUGAGAGCGAAAGUGUCCGCGCACGGUGGCUCACUGCGCGGGUUCCUGCCCUCUGUCACCAGCCUGUCCGCGGCUGAGAUCCAAAUGUUCUGGCUGCUAAUAUUUAUGACCAUCGUUUUCCUGGUGUGCUCCAUUCCUUUAGUGGUGCGCAUCUUUGUAAACCAGCUGUAUGGUCCUGCCUACAUCUGUGCUGGAGUGAAACCGGAUUACCGGAGUGAUCUGAUGGCCAUCCGCUUUGCCUCUUUCAACCCCAUUCUGGACCCCUGGGUCUACAUCCUCUGUCGGAAGAACCUGUUUUUUAAGGGCUGUGAGAGGAUGAAGAAUACAGUUGGAAAAGUCAAGGCGGGGCCCGGGCCGAAUUUAGUCUGUCUUGGCACUGGCAGUCAACAUUCACACCUGUCAUUUGAAUGCACUAACGAGACCAGUUAUGUGUCAUUAUGCACAACCAACUACAGAAAUGAAUUCGAGAACCAGGUUAGCACCAAAAGUAAAUCGUUUACAGACUUUACCAUGCGACAAGCCUGGGACAUUGACACAGCGCGGGAUAACUUCCAUCCGUUUAGUGUCGAACAAACUGCCGUGCUCAGCUUCCAGGCGGAACUUGCUGUGGUGUCCAAACCGGCCAUGAUGGCGUCAAUGCUCGGAGGCAGUAAGGCGCUUCCGGCCAAGUGCGCACCAACAGGUCUCCAUAGGCAUGUCAGUAAAGUGGACAUAGUCACCUGUACCUUCAGCACACCUAGCUCCUGUCAUACGGAGGAAUGCCUCUGAGCAACUGCAGGACUGUGGUUUCCUCUACAAAACAUGAAUGUUUUCACAUUGACUUUAACAGCAAAUGUCUGAGAUGCUGACAGACAGCCAGACAGACACCGGUCAUUUCCCCCAGCAAACGGGGCGUUCUAAGGACCCUUUAGACGUUCUGGGGAUGUCAUUUUUGUUUGCAGGGACCUUGAUGUAGCCUACAUGUGACAAAGACUGGGCUUCUGUACACAGAAGAGAUUUUACCAAAUGGACCCAUUUGGAAAUUUUAAGAUGCAGUUUUAAAAUGUGUAUUAUUCAUUUUUAUUAUUAUCAUGCCAAAUGGGUCCAAUAGGCAUCUACUUGCCUUCACGACAGACAUCUCUUUAUACUUUUUGAAUUCAAUGAAUUUAAGAAUGUCAUUUUUACACAUUGGUCCCAUUUUAUAGGAUCUUCUUGAUAUGAUUCAGAUGUCAGUCCGAGUGAUACAAAUAUAUAUAUAUUUUUCCGUCAAUGGAUGCUCCCAAGUUACAACUCAAUGCAGCAGACAGUAAUGCACUCGCUCACACGGACAGCGUCAUUGCGUUUGUGUACAUCAGAAGCACAUUCGUCUCCAGUGGAAUACUGCACUUGCCUCGCAGCAUUGGGUUGCCGAGGCAGUUGCAAUGCAUUCUGUGUACUGUGUGGUGCACACAUUGGAUAUAUCCAACAGAAAUAGUAGCAAAAGGUGUUUGUUGAAAUUCUCUUGUACACAUAUCCUGUAAAAAAAAUAAUAACUGCAGAUUAUAUUUCCCAGCAUUUGAUGCAAUGACACUGUCCGUCUAAUUGCAAUGUUAAUUAAGUAAUUGGAAGUGCUGGUUCUUUCUGUGCUAUACCAGCGUUGCAUGCAGGGAAUAGUAACUGAAUGUACCAACAUGUCAAACUUCGUUUUUUACUGUUGAACGUUUUUGAUGACUUAACUGUGAUCAACUUUCCUAUUUGAAUGUGUUUUCAAACUAUCGGAAAAUUCAUUGUGAUCUCGUGAAACAAACGGUGUCAUUAGUAUUGUGCGUUUUUGAAUGAAUGGAUCAUUAAUGCAUCUGAACAGUACAACUUGUUACCUCAAGGAUGCUUAACUAAAUGCAGUUGAGUCGUGAGUGAAUGACAUAAUAAGCAUAUUACGGAAACGCACAUAUUAAGGUGAUCAAGCUCAAAGAGAAUCAGACCCGGCAGCAGUUACGAGUCAUUGUGACGUGAAGUGACUUGGCAUCCAGUUUUUCGGUCUAAUCUGUUUAAAUGAAGCGCGGGCCAUUUGAUGUAUUUGUUGAGGUCUUAUUUGUUUGUCUCCCUCUGAAAACAAAAGCAAUGAACACUUGGUGUUGAGAGAUCAUCAACCUGAUAAUGGUUCACACACUUUUUUUUCACAUUCUUGAGAUGAAUAGUGUGAACUGAACACCUUUCAGGUUGCUGUAUUACUGUAUCCAACCUGUAGGGGGCACUAUGACACAAGGGAAACUACCGGUAAAACCACUCUAACAGAACAGGACUGUCAAAUCAAAUCUAAGUUUAUUUGUCACGUGCGUCGAAUACAACAGGUGUAGUAGACCUUACAGUGAAAUGCUUACUUACAGGCUCUAACCAAUA